AUGGAGGUGGCAGAUGGAGGAGUUUUCGACAACUGCUCACACACGGCCAGCGAUAAGGGCUGGGCACUGGGCAUCCGCGCCCUGCAGCUCGGCGGCAAGAAGGAUGCCCGCUUCUUCUUCUCCCUCCGCACAGACCGGGCGGCCGCUGCCACCGAGGUGACUGCCUACCACCACUACCGCCCCGAGGCAUGGACCCACCUGGCUGCCAGCUACUUCAUGGCCUCCUGCCGCACACUGCUGCUGGGGGGGGAUCGGGUGCUGCCAUUCCCACCGUCCCCCAUCCUGCGGCCGCUGGGCCCCCCUGACUGCGGGCAGACUGCCUGUGAUAACGUGGAGCUGGUCUCCCACUACAACCGGCACUGGCCAUUGCGGAGUGGGAAGGUGGUGCGUUACCGGGUGGUGAACCUGGCGGAGGACGGCGGUGGGCGGCCAACAGUCAGCUGGGAGCAGGUUUGGCGGCAACACCGGGCACUGAGCGAAGCUUUCCGGCCGUACAACAUCUCCUGGCAGCUGAGCUUGCUGGAGGUACGGAACUCCUCGCUGCGCCGCCGCGCUGUCCUCCUGGGCUGCGAGCCCAGCAAGGUGGGCAAUGAGCGCUGUGACCCUGAGUGCGAGCAUCCCCUGACUGGCUACGAUGGCGGGGACUGCCGCCGGCCUGGCCGCUGCUUCUUCUGGAAACGCCGUGAUGGCAUCUGCCACAUGGAGUGCAACAACAUGUUGGACGACUUCGAUGAUGGUGACUGCUGUGACCCGCGGGCCACUGACGUGGCCAGGACCUGCUUCGACCCCGACUCACCCCAGCGGGCAUACAUGAGCGUGAAGGAGCUGAAGGAGGCGCUGCAGCUAAACAGCACCCACUUCCUCAACGUUUACUUCGCCAGUUCAGUGAGGGAAGAGUUGGCUGGUGCUGCCACUUGGCCAUGGGAUAAAGAAGCCCUUAGUCAUCUGGGUGGAGUUGUCCUCAACCCUGCUUAUUACGGUAUGCAUGGCCACACAAACACCAUGAUCCAUGAAGUGGGACAUAUCCUGGGGCUGUACCAUGUCUUUAAGGGAGUGAGCGAGCGGGAAUCUUGUGACGAUCCCUGCAGGGAGACAACUCCAUCUAUGGAGACAGGAGACCUCUGUGCUGACACUGCCCCCACCCCAAAGAGUAAACUCUGUCGGGAUCCAGACCCUACCAAUGACACCUGCGGCCAGACACAUUUCACAGGAACGCCCUUCAACAACUACAUGAGUUACACAGAUGAUGACUGCACCAACACCUUCACCCCCAACCAAGUGGCCCGGAUGCAUUGCUACCUGGACCUGGUGUACCAACACUGGGGCCAGAGCAAGAAGCCUGCUCCCAUCCCAAUCCCUCCCAUGGUCACGGGGCAGACGCAGGACUCCCUCAGCAUCUACUGGCUGCCUCCCAUCAGUGGUGUCAUUCAUGAGAGGGAGCAGGACAUGCUCUGCGAUGACUGUGCGGAGGACGGCACCUUCCGUCAGUAUGUACACGAGGCCUCUUCCCCUCGGGUCUGUGAUUCCUCUGGCUACUGGACCCCAGAAGAAGCAGAAGGGCCCCCGGAUGUGGAUCAGCCCUGUGAGCCCAGCCUGCAGGCCUGGAGUCCAGAGCUCCACCUGUACCACAUGAACAUGACGGUGCCAUGCCCCCAGCCAGACGGUUGCAUCCUGGAGCUGCGCUUCCUGCACCCAGUCUACCCCGAUUCCCUUACCCUCUGGACCACAUACCUCUCCAUGGACUCUCCCAAGGUGCUGUCUGACAUUGAAGUACUGACAGAGCAUGGGGAGUCCAUCCAUCUGGGCCCCCUGGACACUUUCUGUGAUGUUCCCUUUACUGUGAAGCUCAACAUCCCUAAAAAGGUGUCUGGAGUCAAAAUCUACACCUUUGAUGAGAGGAUGGAGAUAGACACAGCCCUGCUGACCUCCAUGCCCCACAGCUCGCUUUGCUCUGCCUGCAAGCUGAUCCAGUACAAAGUCCUCCGUGACCCUCCUUUUGCAAAUGGAUCCCCUGCUGCCCCGGCACAGGCGCACCGCCAGUUUGUUGACACGGAAGUCACGCCUGGGCAGCUGUACCGCUACCAGGUGCAGGCAGUCUCUGGGACAACCUCAGGAGAAGCCUCCCCACCACUCGUCCAUGUCCAUGGAGCAUCCUACUGUGGGGAUGGGAAGGUGACCACGAGCCUGGGGGAAGAAUGUGAUGAUGGAGACUUGCUGGAUGGAGAUGGCUGUUCCAGGAAGUGUAAAAAGGAAAAAGGCUUCAACUGUGUCGGGGAACCAAGCCUGUGCUAUGUGCAUGAUGGGGAUGGUGUGUGUGAGCCAUUUGAGAAGACAAGCAGUGUCCUGGACUGUGGUCCCUACACACCCGAUGGAUACGUGGAUCUGUGGGCAGUGAAAGCCUAUGCCUCCCAUCAGGACAUAAAGUCCUGCCCUGCUUCCUUGGUCAUUGGAGAGCCUGUUGUGAAGGUGUGCUUUGAGAGACCUGCGGUGCCCACUUCCCUCCUGGUCUUCCUGGCCUCUGAUGGCACUGCCCUAAGCAACCAGCGCAAGCCGAGGGUGACUGUCCAGCUGAGUGACGUAGAUGGGCUGAACCACUCUUUGGGGCUGUACGAGCUGUCAUGCCAACACAACCCGCUUGUCAUCAACGUGACCCAUGGCAAGGAGGACCCAUCCCUCUGGGCUGCUUCGGUGCUGCUCAACUUCUCCUCCCCAGUCGUGGGCAUUGCAGCCGUGGCCUUGCGCACAUCAGCUCAGCCUGGCUCUGACCCCACCACUUGCCUCCUACAACAUGAGGAGGGGCAUGGCCACCAGCACUACAGCUGUGUCCAUGGUGCCUGUGCAGGAUCGGGAAGCUGCACCCGGCCGCUGCUUGCUCACGCUGCCACCCCUAACUGCACCUCUGAUGGCCCAAGGCACAUGGUCUGCACCAUCUCCUGCGAAAAGGGCUUCGUCCUCCACUCUAGUAAUGGGAAGAGCCUGGGCUCCACACAGCAAGAGGUAGUGCUGACAUGCAGCUCGGGGCGAUGGGACAGAUCCGUGAUUUGUGACCCUGUCGACUGCGGUGUCCCUGACCAGUCCCAUGUGUACUACGCAGAGUUCUCCUGCCCCAAGGGGACCACCUACCUGCAGAGCUGCUCCUUCUCCUGCAGCCACCCAGCCAAGCUUCAAGGGACAAACCAGUGGCUCACCUGCUUGGAGGACGGUCUCUGGUCACUUCCCGAAGCCUACUGCAAGCUGGAGUGUGACGCACCUCCCGCGAUGGCCAACGCCAAGCUCCUGGUCCCGCGGUGCCUGCAGGGGAACCAUGACGUGGGCUCAGUCUGUCGCUACAAGUGCAAGCCUGGAUACCACGUGGCCGAGAACGCAGAGGGCAAGCCUAAGAAGAAAUUCCUGAAAGUCCAGUGCCUGGAGAGCGGGCAGUGGGAAGAAGGGCGCUGUGUCCCCGUGCUGUGCGAGCCACCCCCUCCUGUCUUCGAGGGCAUGUACAACUGCACCCAGGGCUUCGAGCUGGACAGCCAGUGCAUCCUCAACUGCGAGCCGCAGGGACAACAGGUUCCCAUCGUCUGCACCAAGGAGGGCUUAUGGACAGAGGAGUUCAAACUGUGCGAGAGCUUACGGGGCACCUGCCCGCCACCUCCGGAGCUGAAUUUCGUGGAGUACAAGUGCGAGCAGGGGUACAGCAUAGGCGCUGUGUGCGUACCUUCCUGUGUCAUACCUCCCAGCGACCCUGUCAUACUGCCCGAAAACGUAACUGCUGAGACCAUGGAUCACCGUCUGCAGCCCACCAGAGUCCAGCAUAUUGUGUGCACGGGCAGGCUGCGGUGGUAUCCGGACCCCUCUGUCAUUCACUGCAUCCAGUCGUGCGAGCCCUUCCAAGCAGAUGGCUGGUGCGACACCAUCAAUAACCGGGCAUACUGCCAGUAUGACGGGGGUGACUGCUGUUCCUCCACACUGUCCUCCAGGAAGGUGAUCCCAUUUGCUGCUGACUGUGACCAGGACGAAUGCACGUGCCGCGACCCGGCGGCUGAGGAGAACCAGUAG